CUAAAUCAAGAUAGUGUGUAAUAUGAAACUAUUUCCUUUAAAAUUGAACCAAUGCAGAACGGUUGACCCUGGAGUCAUAUCACCCUGAAGCUGGAAGAAGAUGCGCGCGGACCAUUCCAGAUAGAUCAAUGAUCUUACAUUAUGCCUUCACUACAUCAUGGCGCUAUUUUUAUUGGAGUAUUUUUAAUAGUCACCGGUGGUUCCACCGCUUUUCUAACUUCUAAUCAACAUCGACUGCAGGCGUUCAGCAUGUGCUGUGUGGUGCUCGGGGCGGUGAUGCUCAUUUUAGGACUUUUCUGGGCUAUGAACGGCAAGAGAACCCCGGUUCCUUAUAAUGAAGAGUACAGCCACGACUACAGUCAAGUCAUGUUCACCCCACCGGCCGGGAACCACAUCCCCGAAUCCCAGUCCGUCUUUCUGCACGGGACUGUGCAAAGGCGAUGUGUAUAUGGUGAUGAUUUGGACUACCCCCCCAUGGAGCCAGCCUGCUUCAGCCCUACCAGUCGGGGUCGGCCUCCUCACUGGGACAUGGAACCACCUCCGCCUUAUGAGGUGGCCAUCAAAACCACUAGGAGCUCCACACACCUGAGGCGUAGCUACUCAGACACACAGCUGCUCACUGAACCUCUGUUUGGACGCUCGCGGGAGAUCAGUUUCGAAGUGUGAUAUCUGUUCAUCCCUUGAGACCCGAACUGAGGAGCUGAAUACCCAGCCUAAAAUAUUCACAAACAAGUGUUGAUGAAGCUAUGAAACAGGCAUUAGCAAUCCACUGCUCACAGAGGGGGUGUUUUGGGCUUCUUGAGAUGGUUUUCAUCUUAACCAUGUUAACAGCCUUUUCGAAACCACAAUGCAUUUUAAAUAUAAGAUCUAUUCGUAAGCUAUUGUGGUUUAUCGCUUAUAAAACACAAUGUAAUGCAUUUUACAAGAGACGUGGCUUUAAUUUUAGGUAGGCUUACUGUCUCCCUCUCUUUCAGUAACUGAACUGAAUGUUUGAAGCACACCUUAAACUUAAAAAUUACCUUAAAAUUAGCUUCUACAUGGAUGCUUAUGCAGUAUGCUAGAGCCAGUGAACCACAAUACAUUAUCAUAUUAGUGUAUAUAUUAGUGCUGUCAACUCGAUUCAUUACGAUUAACAGCAUCUAACAUUAUAUAUUAGGGCUGUCAAAUGAUUAAUCGCAUCCAAAAUAAAAGUUUGAGUUUUAGCCUAAUAUAUG